UCGCCAUCCUCGGCUUCCACAGCGACUCUCACCUCUUCACUUUUCUCUUCAUAUCAUUGCUUUUCCUCAGCGAGGAAGCCAGUGACCUUUGAUGUCCACUAUUGUACCUACACGUCGUGCGCUGCGAAACACACGCACGGCAACAGCAAAAGAUGCUGAAAAUGCCAACGCACGUCCUUCACGAAUAAACACCCGCGCGAAACCCCCAUCCUCUUCCGCCAACAAUAGUGGUGCUACAUAUAGCAUCGUCAAUCGUGCUACCGGUGCAACUGCGGCUUCCAGAGCCAAGAUCAGCGUUAAUGGCGAUCCAAAAAGCGACCAUCCUGUUUCAAAACGAAAGCGAGAGGCUCUCGGCGAGGUCACAUCCUUGGUCGCGAACAAUAAACCUGGUGGCAAGGGUAAAAACAAGGAGAUCGCUCAGAAGUUUGACGGUGUGGUCAUCAACAAGUCCAAGACCGUUCGGCAACCCCUUCGGACAGUCGCUAGUACCAGGCAGUCGACGACUAGUACCCUUGUCGACAACAACGAGCCUUUAGGUGAAAUCGCCGAAUCUCAAGAGAUUGACGACACCGCCAUGAUCGUUGAUCCACCGCCUCGCAAAGUUUUGCCUGCCCUCACCAUUCCGAAAUCUCUUGCCAACCUGCGCGACAUACCUCACACUCGUACAUCCGCUCGUCGAUCUGCUCAUCAGGCCGCCGACGAUGAUCUCGAAGCCGAGCGUGUCUUCAAGAAGGCGAGAACAUCUUCAGAUGCCCCAGAGGAUGCUGUUGAAGAGCAAUGGGCUGAUCAGCAUGAACUUGAUGCCUUAGAGGAGGAGGUUGAAGCGGACCCAAAUGGCCCGGAUUGGGAUGACCUUGAUCAAGACGAUGGAGAUGACCCGGUCAUGGUUAGCGAAUACGUUGUGGAAAUUUUCGAAUACUUCAAGAAGAUAGAGGUACAAACUAUGCCUAAUCCUAACUAUAUGGCGAAUCAAAAAGAUCUCGGAUGGACCAUGCGUGGUAUUCUUUUCGAUUGGCUCAUUGAGUUACAAGAGCGUUUCCGCUUACUUCCCGAAACGCUUUUCCUUUGCAUGAACAUUGUCGACCGUUUCCUUUCGGCCCGUGUCGUCUCUCUCGCUAGACUCCAACUUGUAGGUGUGACGUCAAUGUUCAUUGCUGCCAAAGUGGAGGAAAUUGUCUGUCCUUCUGCGGAGGAAUUCCUCGCUCAAACCGAAGCUUCCUACUCUGUCGCAGAUGUUUUCGGGGCUGAGCGAUACGUAUUGAAAACCUUGAACUGGAACCUCAAUUACGCGAAUCCCGUGCAUUUUCUUCGACGUGUCAGUAAAGCAGACGACUACAAUGUGAAGGCCAGGACGAUUGCAAAAUACCUUCUCGAGAUUGCUUGUUUGGAAUGGAGGCUUAUUGCUGCACCACCCAGUCUGCUCGCUGCCGCUGCGAUGUGGCUUGCGCGUAUUAGUCUUGGUAGCGAAAUUUGGACCCCGAACUUGGCCCAUUAUUCUACCUAUUCUGAGAGUGUGUUGAUACCAACAGCGAAUUUGAUGUUGAACUAUAUCCUGAAGCCUAUCAAACACGAGUCUUUCUACCGCAAGUAUGCCCGCCGGAAGUACAUGAAGGUUAGCGUAUUCAUGAGGCGCUGGGCGAUGAACAGGUGGCAGGAGGGGAUCCCGGUCGAUCUGAAAGCAGAGCUGCCUGCCCUUAAAGCGGACUGUCAGGCGCAUCGGGCGCAGAAUGGGUUCGUCGAAGAUGGGGAAGACGAUGAAUUAUUGGUGGCGGAACAAGUUUUAGGCCUAAGGACCAAGUAAAACGGACUGUGCACAGACGAUACUUUUCUUUCAGCAUGUCAAUCACCUAUCGUCGUUUCAUAAUGUUCAACUUACGUUCUGGAGUCCAAUCCUCAUUUGUUCCAUCUUACUUUCGUCACCGUUACCAUAUUGC